CGAAUAGUCGAUAAGCGUUGGCAUCAAUUAUACUUUUAUCGGCUCCACAUUAGUUCGCAUCCAAAAGACCGAAGCCAAAGAGAAGAGGACCAAAAUCUUUGUUUUUUCGGCCACGCAUGAUAAAGCUUGCAGUGUUUUAGCCUCGCUUGCACGUACAACUGACACUCUUAUUUCAUGGAUUUCCAAGCACCACCAACCUUAGCUUCUCACUUUCUUUCAGUCUGUGGUCUUUGUAGUGCUGACUGCUUUUCGCCAUGUUCUGUCGCUGUAGUUCAACUUGGCAAGACGUUAAAGCUUCUUUUCUGGUUUCUGCAAAAGCCCUUCAUACAUGCAACCUUACAACCUGUCCCUCCAAGAACUUGGAGUAGACUAAGUUUCAAAAACAUCUCCUUUGGGACCACCACUUCAAACCCACAUCCCAAAUAAUUCACCAUACUACCACCACACACCCAUUUUCUUUCUACCUUAUGCCUAUCACCCUAUGGACAUCAAACCUAUACUUCCACCCUAAUGGGGCUUAUCAAAAUUUUUCAUUAGGUCCACUAGUUCAAACAAAAAUUCAUAUUAUGAGACCUCCAUUUUCGAUGAACUUUUAUUCAUCCCAUUAAUGUUAAUACCAUUUAAAAGUGUCACAUCUCAAUCUUUAUGUUUGUUAUAUGUCAAAAAUUGUAUUUUUAUUUAAAAAAUGUUAUGUUUGUUAUAGGCUAUUCCUGGUUUGCAUGUAUGUAUAUGCAUGUCGCUUUAUUUAUGAUCCACAUCUUUUCAGAGAAUAUACAGCACCUAGGGGAAGAGGAAAACACUAUCUGGAUUUGAUGUUGUACCAUCCUCUCCUCCUCUUUUUCCCCUUCUUUUCAGCUUUUCAGCCGUUGCAAAGUUUCAUUUCUUUCCCACUCUUGAACUUUCUAUUCUCUCCCAUCAAGACCAUUGCAUAAGCCAUAAGCUGAGACAUGGUUUGUUUAACUACUCUGCCAAGUGAAAAAUGAAGGAUCCAGAGGAGCACCAAGUGAAGUCUAGAAGGCCUCUUCCAAAACCCACAGAACGUAGAAGAAGGUGCAGGAGAAGGAGCCAGUGCAAGCCAGAGAAAUUACAAGAAACAGAACUUCAUCCACAGCUUCCUUCCUCUGCCACUUCCAAGAGUCUUAUGUUUCAUCAAAGGCCUGGCUAUGGUCAACUCGGGACCAAGUGUCUCGUCAAAGCUAACCAUUUCCUUGCUGAUAUAUCUGUAUCUGACUUGAGCCAUUACAAUGUUAAAAUAACACCUGAAGUCACUUCUCGAAAAACAAGCAAGGCUAUCGUAGCAGAGUUGGUGAGGGUUCACAGGAACACUGACUUAGCCACGAGGCUCCCUGUGUAUGAUGGAGGAAGAAACCUUUACACUGCUGGUUUGCUUCCUUUUACAUACAAAGAAUUCAAUGUAACGUUGAGUGAGGAUGAUGAUGCCACUAGUGGUACCAGGGAAAGAAAGUUUAAGGUGGUAAUCAAGUUCGCAACUCAUGUUAGCAUGCAUCAGCUACGUGACCUUCUCAGUGGAAAGCAAGUGGACAAUCCACAGGAAGCUCUAACGGUCUUUGAUAUUGUGUUAAGGGAGCUUGCGGCUCAGAGUUACGUGUCAAUUGGGAGGUUUCUUUAUUCUCCGGAUGUAAGAAAACCACAGCAGUUGGGUGGUGGCCUUGAAUCGUGGAGGGGCUUCUACCAGAGUAUAAGGCCUACUCAGAUGGGAUUGUCACUUAACAUUGAUAUGUCAUCAAUGGCUUUUAUUGAACCACUACCUGUGAUUGAUUUUGUUGCUCAAAUUUUGGGAAAAGAUGUGCACUCAAAGCCUUUGUCGGAUGCUGAUCGUGUCAAGAUAAAAAAGGCUCUAAGAGGUGUAAAAGUUGAAGUUACACAUAGAGGAAAUUUUCGAAGGAAGUAUAGAAUAUCAGGACUGACUUCACAGCCUACAAGGGAGCUUAUUUUCCCUCUUGAUGAGCAAAUGAACAUGAAAUCAGUAGUAGAUUAUUUUCAAGAAAUGUAUGGAUUUACAAUAAAAUAUUCUCAUCUACCUUGCCUUCAAGUAGGAAGCCAAAGGAAGGUCAACUAUUUGCCCAUGGAGGCAUGCAAAAUAGUUGAGGGCCAGAGAUAUACAAAAGGGUUAAAUGAAAAGCAGAUAACUUCUCUGCUGAAGUUCUCAUGCCAGAGACCCCGUGAACAAGAGGCAGACAUUUUACAGACAAUGCAACAAAACAACUACGACAAUAAUCCAUAUGCAAAAGAGUUUGGCAUCAGCAUAGAUAACAAGCUUGCAUCUGUUGAGGCUCGGGUUCUUCCACCUCCUUGGUUGAAAUAUCACGACACUGGAAGAGAAAAAGAAUACUUGCCACAAGUUGGUCAGUGGAACAUGAUGAACAAGAAAGUAAUAAAUGGAAGUACUGUAAGAUAUUGGGCAUGUAUCAAUUUCUCUCGAAGUUUACAGGAAAGUGCAGCUCGUGGAUUUUGUCAACAGUUAGUUCAGAUGUGCCAAAUCUCAGGCAUGGAAUUCAGUCAGGACCCUGUGAUUCCUAUAUAUUCUGCAAGACCAGAUCAGGUAAAGAAGGCUUUGAAUUAUGUACACUCUGCUGCUAUGGAUAAGCUUUGUGGGAAAGAGCUAGAGUUACUGAUUGCCAUUCUUCCAGACAAUAAUGGCUCUCUGUACGGUGAUCUCAAAAGGAUUUGCGAAACAGAUCUGGGGUUGAUCUCUCAAUGCUGCCUUACGAAACAUGUAUUCAAGAUCAAUAGACAAUACCUUGCAAAUGUGGCACUUAAAAUCAAUGUCAAGAUGGGAGGAAGAAACACAGUACUUUUGGAUGCUUUAAGUUGGAGGAUUCCACUGGUCAGUGAUAUUCCAACAAUAAUAUUUGGAGCUGAUGUAACUCAUCCGGAAUCAGGAGAGGAUUCUUGUCCAUCCAUUGCUGCUGUUGUAGCCUCCCAGGACUGGCCUGAAGUAACAAAGUAUGCAGGGUUGGUCUGUGCUCAGCCUCAUCGAGAAGAGCUUAUUCAAGAUCUUUUCAGAUCUUGGAAAGAUCCACAGAGGGGUGUAACAUAUGGUGGUAUGAUCAGGGAGCUUUUACUAUCAUUCAAGAAGGCAACGGGACAAAAACCAUUGAGAAUAAUCUUUUACAGGGAUGGGGUAAGUGAAGGACAGUUCUACCAGGUUUUGCUAUAUGAGCUUGAUGCCAUCCGCAAGGCUUGUGCAUCUUUGGAACCUAGUUACCAGCCACCAGUAACAUUUGUAGUAGUUCAAAAGCGGCAUCACACUAGACUCUUUGCAAACAAUCACGAUGACAGAAAUAGUACUGAUAAGAGUGGAAAUAUCUUACCUGGAACUGUGGUAGAUUCUAAGAUCUGCCAUCCUUCUGAAUUCGACUUCUACUUAUGCAGUCAUGCAGGAAUUCAGGGUACAAGUAGACCAGCACACUAUCAUGUCCUCUGGGACGAGAACAAUUUCACUGCAGACGAGAUUCAGUCUCUUACCAACAAUUUAUGCUACACUUAUGCAAGAUGUACACGGUCUGUUUCUGUAGUGCCUCCCGCAUACUAUGCUCAUCUAGCAGCCUACAGGGCUCGAUUCUACAUGGAACCUGAUGUUGUUGAGAUUUCCAAACUGCGAGGAACAAGAUCGAAAGAGGGGCCAGUUCGGCCACUGCCUGCUCUGAAAGAGAAGGUGAAAAAUGUAAUGUUUUACUGUUGAAUGAGAUGCAAUAAGAGGCUUCAGAAUAGAGAAACAGUAGCAUAUAUAGUCAACAGAAACUAAUUAGAGGUGACAAAUUUGUCAAUGUUAUAUUAUAAGCAUCUUCUGCAUGGAAAAUUUUGACUAUAUCUUUAUAGUCCUA